GAGGGCGUUGCACUGGUCGGUACCAGCUCCAGAUGGCCGCACUGUGGUUCCUGGUCCUCGUCUGCCUGCGCUUGGACAUCUUGGCCUCCGCCGACCCCAACCAGUCACCAACACCCUCCUGCGAAGUCUUGGCGCCGACCCGAGAGCCUUGCCGAUGGUUCAGGAACACUGACUACUGCUGUUAUGCCAGGCACCUUUCGAGAGCGGUACCGAAUGUAACUUCUGCGUAUGUAAGAGGAGGUGCCUUCUCCAGCACCAAUGUUUCCUUCUACAUUAAUGCUAGUGAUGAGACAGGGUUUUUUCUGUUGGGCAGGGCCGGCAGCAGUCCAGUGGACAGUGAGUGCUACUUAAUAGAGACAAGGACAGAGGGAGAGCUGCAAGUGUUAGUGGCAAACUUGUCGACAUCGGCAAACUAUAAGGUUAAUUAUGGUGACUACUUAAGAAAUUUUCACACAUGGCUUCAGGAUGCGUGCGUUGGAGAGAAAGAAUUAUUUUUGAAUUCAAGUGUUCUUGACAUCAUAUUCAAGGAAUCAGACGCUUAUAUUCAACUUUACCGGCCCCCAAAUUUAUCGCUGGUUCCUCCCGAACUGUCUUCCCUGCACUUCACUUUGUACAGCUCGGCCACAAAUUUCACCUGUCAAAAAGACGGAAACUGCACUAUUGAUGCCGUUAUACGGAAAUCGUUUUGCUUGGACAAUCCGUACGACAAUAUUCUCGAGAUUAAAAACGCCUCUCAAUAUUACAAUGGGACCCACAGGCUGCGGUACCACUGUGCAGUGGUCGAGCUCGCCGGCUGCUGCCUAAAGACGAACCCCUACACCAUACUGGCGGCUCUCCCCUUGCCCUUGCCCGAGCCCCCGCCGCCGGACACGCAGUACGCCACCUCCAUGUACGUGGGGCUCGCCAUCCUCGGAGUCCUCCUCGCCCUCCUUGUGGCGUUCUCUCGCCACAUGCUUGUUCUCUACAGAAAGAGUUCGACACCUACUAGAAGCGACUCCCUCGCCUCACCAGACCACCCAGAGCUGCAGGAGCUUCUGAGGCCCGUCGUGCUGCUGUACUGCUGGGAGAACAACGUCCACUUGCAGCGCGUCGUCGGGAUCUUGAUCGAAAUCAUGCAUGAUUCCGGGCUAGAGGUUACAGACCCGUACGCAGAUUCUUCCCUAUUGGAUAACGUUCAUCGCGCUGCCGAAAAUGUGCUUCGCGACAACAACCACUGGCUCGUCGUCACAACGCGCAGGUCUCGGGAAAUAUGCAGGAACGCUCGGGACAAUAUUCAGUUGGAAAACGCAUACGAACAGUUCCAUGCCACAGUGUUCGAGCUAAUGAGGACAAACCCUGGCCAAAUGAGAGGAAAGCAAAUUUUCACAUUGAUAAUACAACAAAAUGUGGACAUUCCACUCUCCUUGACAAGAACUUGCAACGAUGAUUUAGCCGAAGAUUUAGUAAGAGGCAUUCCCGGAGUGGUCGAAAGCGACAAUUGGACGACACUUUUCGCCCGUUUAAGACGCCACAUAGCAAAAUACAAUGAAGAUGACCUCAAGACACCUGAUCUCACACUUGUACCUGCCAAUUAAAUUAUUUCUUUUUUAUAAAAGUCGAA